AGAUAUUUGUUUUACAUUUUACUAUAGUACUAUUAAUUAGUGACACCAACAAUAAAAAUGAGCUUAAAUUUACUCAACAAACGGAUAUUAUUUCGUCAGUUAUUUGAUCGCAUUUCCUGUACGUAUACCUAUCUAUUGGCCGAUAAUGUAUCCAAAGAGGCGCUACUAAUAGAUCCAGUACUGGAACUGGUGGACAGGGAUCUGAAUUUGAUCGAUGAAUUAGGAUUAAAGUUGAAAUACGUGGCCAAUACCCACUGUCACGCCGACCAUAUAACCGGUUCGGGACUAAUCAAGAAACGGCUGAAUAUUAAUACCACAACAACAACAACAACACCGACAGUCCAGAGUAUUAUAUCCAUACAAAGUGGUGCCAAAGCGGACAUCAAAAUCAAUGAAAACGAUUGGAUUAAAUGCGGUGAUGCCGUCAAUUUGAAAGUGUUGGCCACUCCUGGUCACACCGAUGGCUGUGUAACUUAUGUAGACUAUGAAAACGGUUUGGUUUUUACCGGCGAUGCCCUAUUGAUCCGUGGCUGCGGUCGUACUGACUUUCAACAGGGUAAUUCUGGUUUACUAUACGAUUCAGUGCAUAAUAAAAUAUUUACAUUACCCGAUAAUUUUCAUAUUUUACCCGCACAUGAUUAUAAAGGUCAAUGGUUAUCAACUGUUUUGGAGGAGAAAAAAUUUAAUCCAAGAUUAACUAAAUCUAAACAGGAAUUUAUCGAUAUAAUGGAUAAUUUGAAUCUAGAUUUACCCAAAAUGAUUGAUAUUGCUGUACCAAAUAAUUUGGUUUGCGGUUUACAUGAUAUACCAACUAAAUAA